UUAUUAUAUAUUGUUUAGACACUUCGCGCGACGUUAGUGGGCCGGAUGCAUCGACAGUGUGGAGCCAAGGUAGACGGCAAAAUAUAAGAGUUUGCUGCUAUAUUGUUGCUGUUAUCUAUGUACGUACGAGACAUAUAAUAUAUGCGAUGUGUUGCUCUAGGAGUACAUACGGCGUCUGGGUGUCUUUCUCAUAAUUAAAAAAUUAGCCGUUUAUACUGUACAUUUAUAUAUAUGUAUAUAUAUAUACAUAUGUGUAUUUAAUUAAAAACAAUUUGUUUACGAGCAAUAAAAUCAUUAAUAAAUUAAGUGAAUAUGCCUUCGCACUGCGUCUUCGAGUUCGAUCGACAACAACCAGUUUACUACAGUGGUGAAGUAAUUAACGGACGCAUUCAAUUGCACACAACCAGCGAGAAAAGUGUUAGAGAAGUUUACAUACUCUUCGUCGGCGAAGCAAAAGUACGUUGGGAAGAGAGUCGAUCACGUUCGCGGGAUGGCAAAACCGAACACUAUACCGAAUAUUUUCGCGCCACGGAAACCUAUUUGAACUCGAAGACAUGCGUACACGGCGAAGGUACGCUACAGCCAGGCACAUACACUUAUACAUUCUGCAUACCACUACCACUACAGUGUCCUACAUCCUGUGUGGAGAAAUAUGGCAAAAUUGCUUAUGAAUUAUCGUUAGUACUUAAUCGUCCAUAUCGCUUCGAUAAUGUCUUCAAACAGUCUCUAACGGUAUUGCAUCACGUAAAUUUGAAUUUGCAGCCAGAAUUGUUGAUACCCAUUAAGAGUGAGGACAUUAAAUACUUUUGUUGCUGGCCAUGCUCUUCAGGGCCCGUCAUGUCUACACUCAUCAUACCGUUUGGCGGUUACGCGCCUGGUCAAACGAUUAAAUAUAAACUCGAAAUAGACAAUCAAUCGACCGGUUAUGAUUUGGAAGAUGGUGUCGAAUUGAAAUUGAUACAAAUAUAUCGAUUUGAGGCACACACACCGCAUAAGAAGACGCGCCAUCACAGCAAUUCACUCGCACGUGCCGAACAGAGCAUGCAAUGCUUGAGACUGUCCAAGCGCAUAAUUGACGGCACACUACUGAUACCACCCGUACCGCCCACAUCGGAAACCGGCUACAUUAUUGGCGUGCGCUAUGAGAUUAAAAUGUCCAUUAAGACCGGUGGUUGCCAUACGGAUUCCGAGAUAGUUAUACCAAUCACAAUCGGUACAUUGCCUUUGGCGCAGAGUGCUAGUAAUCCACAAAAUGCAAUUGAUAUGCUACCGACCGCACCACAAAUCCCCGAUACACCGGAUACACCACCUGGUGACGCACCACCAAAAUAUGAUAAAUUUAAGCCGCCUUCCUUUGAGGAGGCUACCACUAUCGGCGGCAAGUUUAUCGAUCGCGAUGUGGACGAACAUAAUCGAAAUGAUGAAUUCAUACCCAGAUAUCCGAUGUACAAUAAUUUUGCUGUGCCUUCUGCACCAUCUUUUGGAGGGAGUUUGAACGAAUCAACACCAUUGUUGCAUUCUCAGGCUGCAGCUACUGCGCCACCGCCAUAUUUACCAGAAUCUGCAGAAAAUACACUGCCCACGGCACAAAACGCCGAUGGUUAUGGUUGGAGCCGUUGAUAAAAUCUGCGUUCAGAUAAAAGUGAGGUUCACAUUAUGAAAGAACUUUUACUCAAAGAUAUUCAAAUUUUAAGGCCAUGGCACCGCUUCUCAACAGGUCCCACUCAAUAUUAAUCGCAAAAUAUUACAUUGUAUCAAAGUUUAAGCGUUAAAUUAUUCCAUUAAAAAAACGGGAACAAAAGUCCGAAAGAACACUGUUGCGACCGAAAGACUUUUUUAAAUAAAGAAUCUCAUUUAACUGCUCAUAAGCACUCUAA